AUGGCAAUGAAGAAAGAGAACCUCGGCAAUUCUAUUUCCUUCUUCAGCGGUGCGCACAUCGUCACUGGUCGACUGUCCGACUCUGACGUUCCUCUCGAGCCCAUCGACCAUGGCGACCAAUCUCCAUUCUACAAUAUGACCAACUUUUCACGGUGGGCUUAUUCCGUCUCUCGAAUGGGAACAGCGCCUGAGUGA